CAGUGUACGCGUUUUCGAACUUUUUAGUGGGCCUAAAUUAGCUUGCAACCACGCGAACAUGGUUUUGGUUCUGAUAGAUAUCCUCUCAAAUUGUAUUUUUUACACAAUUUUUUGUUACGGUCUCUUCAACAAGUUGUGAGCUCCAUUUUGAUGCGAUUAAACUCGGUUUAUGAUCACUCGUGCAAAAGAGUCGUUUGGAAAGGUCGUGUUCGUGAUUGGAUGAGACUUAAGAAUGGAGCAGAACUGGAAACUGGGCCUUUUCGUAGUUGUCGUGGUGAUGUACUUCUUGUGUCAGAGUUUCCAUUGGAGUUGGUGUCUCAACGACGAAGGUUUGGCUCUGCUGAGGUUUAGAGAGAGAGUAGUGAGUGAUCCGCUUGGCGCGUUAUCAAAUUGGAAAGAGGAAGAUGUAGAUGUUGAUCCAUGUUCGUGGUUUGGGGUUGCAUGCUCAGAUGGAAAAGUUGUGGUCUUGAAUGUAGACCAAACUGAAGGGACAGUUCGCAGGAGACUGUCGGAAAACAAAAACAAAACCAAAUCACCACCUCCCCCCUCACCAUCCCCAUCCCCAUCACCUACGCCAAGGCCAGAAAAGCAGCCUCCUGCUGGACAACGUUCAUCUUCUAAAAAAAGUGCUCCACCUCCAUCUUCCUACCCUUCGCUAGCGCCUCCGCCCAGAGAAAGCACCCCGUUAUUGCCGAGAAGCUCCUCUUCAAAUCGUCGCAGAGUUGCAAUAUUGGCUGGAGGAAUAGGGGGCACCAUUCUAAUUUUAGUCAUUGGUGUAUAUCUAUGUAUAAUCAAUAAGGUAGCUACUGUUAAACCUUGGGCCCCAGGAUUAAGCGGACAGCUUCAGAAAGCAUUUGUAACUGGUGUGUCAAAGAUCAAGAGAUCAGAGCUUGAAGCAGCUUGUGAAGAUUUCAGUAACGUAAUAGGUUCUUCGCCAAUUGGUACAUUGUACAAAGGGACACUCUCUAGCGGAGUCGAAAUUGCUGUGGCCUCUGUGGCAGCGCCAUCUGCCAAGGGUUGGUUAAACAGUUUAGAAGCACAGUUUAGAAAGAAGAUUGACACAUUAUCAAAAGUCAACCACAAAAAUUUUGUCAACCUUCUUGGAUAUUGUCAGGAAGACAAACCUUUCACCAGAAUGAUGGUAUUCGAAUAUGCUCCAAAUGGAACACUUUUUGAGCAUUUACACAUAAAAGAGGCCGAACACUUGGACUGGGGAAUGCGAUUGAGAAUUGCAAUGGGAAUGGCCUACUGUCUCGAGCAUAUGCACCAGCUGAACCCACCUAUAGCCCACAACAACUUGAACUCGUCAGCUAUCAGUCUCACUGAGGAUUAUGCGGCCAAGAUCUCGGAGUUUACUUUCUCGAAUGAGAUAGUUGCAGCUGAGAUAGAAUCAUCUGGAUUAAACAAUUUGCAUACACCAUCAGCAUGCCCGGAAAGUAAUGUUUAUAGCUUUGGUGUGAUAUUGUUUGAAAUUGCUACUGGUAGGCUCCCUUACUCCGUGAACAAUGCCUCACUUGAAGACUGGGCAUCUGCUUAUUUAAGUGGGGAGGAACCGCUUAGAGAAAUGGUUGACCCAACUUUGACAUCCUUCCAAGAGGAGCAACUGGAGCUAAUAGGUGAAGUGCUAAAAUCUUGUGUCCACCCUGAUUCUAAACACAGACCGUCAAUGAGAGAAGUCUGUGUAAGAUUGAGCGCCAUAACUGGAAUAACGCCUGAAGCAGCGAAUCCAAAACUUUCUCCCCUUUGGUGGGCAGAACUUGAGAUUGCGUCUGCAGAUGCAAGCUAGCUAAAGUAUACAACUUGAAAUUGAACUUCAAAUUGGGAGUUCAUAGAAGGUGAGGCGCUAAAGAAAUGUUGCUUGUACGUUGACAUAGCUUGUAUCUCCCAGAGUAGUAGGAAUUACUUGUACAGAACUCGUGUAUAGGGAAAUCUGGCAAAUCUUUUUCACUGUGAUGUUUUUUGUUUAUAUUUGGUUGUGAAACUAUGGAAGCAAUAAGCACACAAAAGCAUGCAAGUCAAGCUGAUUAAAACCUUC